ACAGACAUUAUCUUCUCACAAACACACUCUCUUCUCACACACUGUCAGACACUCUCUUCUCACACACUGUCACACACUCUCACGGCUGUAUUCAUUACUGUCUGUUGCUCUUUCAAAACCCAGGAACAGGGACAGGAGCAGAAUGACUGGGCUUUAGCCUGGUGGACACACACUGGGACUACUGGACUGGACUACCGUACCACUUCCACCCUCAUGACGAAUGAAGUGACAGGAGAGAACAGACAGCAGGACAGAGACAUCUCUCCUGCUGAGCUGGAUGCACUUUGGAGAGAACCACCGUACACGCUAGCGGGAACCAAUGAGCACUUCCCAGGAAAUGAUGUUAUGAAUCCAGGGGUGGAAGGGCCGGGGGUGGUGUCUGGGGGCGGGGAGGCGGAGCCAGACAGUUACUGGAAGAGGAAGGAGGAGUUCACCAGAGGAAGCACCGUGUCACUGGCCGUGGGAGAGAGGUUCUCCUCAGGUGUGCAGUGUAAUCCUGACUCUGAACUGGAGGAAACUCCAUUAACAGACUCAGGGUCGUUGCAAAGCAACAGUCAGGAUGUCAUCCAGCUCUUCAAGGACCUGUCUGCCCGUCUGCUGUCUGUCCACGCUGAGAAGGACAGCUUUGUCAUCACCUUCAAGACUGUGGAGGAGAUGUGGAAGUUCUCUACCUACCUGGCUCUAGGCUAUGUGGCGCGGUGCCUGGAGAAUUUCCUGUGUGACCAGUCAUUCUGGCUGGACACUGAGCUGCUGAGGGACCUGGAGAUCACUGUGACUGUAGACGAGGAACACCUGGCAACACUCUACCUGGGACUGCUGCUGCAGGAGGGGUCGUUCUUUGCCAAGGCGCUGGUGAGCAGUGGCGAGUACAGUGAUGAGGAGGAGGAGCUGUGUUUCAGACGUAAUGACUUGCUGAUGGUUAGAGACACAGGGCAGGACAGUCACUGGGAGGGCACCCUUCUCUCCACCGGAAAACACGGACUCGUGCCUGUCAACAACAUGCAACCGCUGCCAUACCCCUUCUACCAGUGGUUCCUGAGGAAGUACCCUGGCUGUGCCGGAAGCUCCCCUUCAGAGAGAGGACAGUUUGACCACCCUAUAGUAACUGGUUCCUGUGAGGCUGUAGUGGACCAUAACCCAGUAGGAUGUGAUGAGCUCCAGCUGAGUCGAGGUGACCUGAUUGAGAUACAGGGGAUGCUACUCCGAGGUCUGGACCUGUUCAUAGGAACACGCUGCUCUACAGGAAACACCGGCUUCGUACACAAGGCUCACGUGAAGCCACUCAACGCCAAACCACUAGAUGGACAACUUGUGUUUCUGAGUGAGGAGGAACGUGCGUCUCUGUCCCAGGUUAACCCCUGCAGAACUGAGCCCAGAGACAGUGACCUCCUAGAGAGACUCUUCUCCUCUGACAUCAGUACUGUCUACAGACUAGACAGACUGGAUCAGUCUGAUUUUACGUACAUCAGAAACCAACCUGAACAAGAGCAUAAGCCCCCCACCAGUAGCCGGCAGUCCAUCAUCUCAGAGAAGAGUGACGCUACACUACCAUACCACUUCUCCUACGCAUCCCAGAAUGCCUUAGGGCGUGGCGGUGAUGGGGAGCUGCUGUCCUUCAGUCUGGACGACACCUUCAGAGAGAUGAACGAGUUCCAGGAUGACCCACCCCUUUUCCUGGAGGAGGGGGAGGAGUCGGAGGGUUGUGACCCCACCUUGACCAUGCUCAACAUGCAUCACUUUCAGGAGGACUUCCUGCCCCUGUAUGACCUCCACCACUCAUUCCUGUGGCUGACGUUCUCAGGGCAGAGUGAGGAGGAGUUACUGGGCCACCUGGAGAUUGUCAGGGAGGGGGCCAAGAGAACGGGCAUGGCCUGGGCACACCGACGGGCAUGCUUCCUACUGGGGAGGCUCUGCGCCAAGAAGCUCAAGUACUCCCAGGCCCGUGUGUAUUACGAGGAAGCCCUUGGAGUCUCCGUGGACGGUUUCUCUGACCUCCCUCUCCUCAUCGCCCUGUACACCAACCUCACAGCCAUCUACCUCAAACAGAAGAUGGCCGACAAGCUGCCCCCGACCCUGGAGAAGGCCAGUGCUCUGCUCCUCUGCCUCCCCAGCCACACCUUCACCUCCCUGGAUGAGUUUGAGCUGCUGAAGCUGGUGCUGUGGAGGUCUGUGGUAGAAGGGGACAAACACCUGGAGGCACGGGCCUGCUAUCUCACCACCAGCCUCUUCCUCCUCCUUAGAAAGAUAGAUGAUGCCCUGCCCUUCGCAGAGCGUCUCCAGUUCCUCACCGUUACCCUGUCUGCUGAGGAGGGGCGCCCCAUCUCCCCCCUGGACCUUAACUGGCUCCUGUCCCGGCUCUACCACCGUAAAUACAUGCCCUACCUGGCCCUGGCAUCCCUCAGCCUGGACACUGGACAGGAUCACUCACUACAGGACGCCUUCCACAGGAUAGAACUGUUCAGCAGGAACUCAGUGCGUCUGAACCCGCGAUGGAAAGAGGGGACGUCUCUUCUCCCAGCCCAGAUCGUGGUGUACCUGCAGCAGGCUCUGGCAAUUGCGGAGCGGGAUGACGACCUUAAGACCCAGAGAGACCUAUGUCUGGGCCUGGCCUGUGUUUACCAGCAACACGGGGCCCUGGAGAAGGCCCUGCACUGUGCCCAGCAGGCUGUACAGACCGGGGGAGGUAUCAACGAGCAGGAGGGGUUUGAGGCGUCAGUACUGCUGGGAUGGCUGUUAGUCCUGACGGGACAGCCUGAGAGGGCACAGAACACCUUGCAGCCACUAUUACAGUCUCUACAGGGAACCGACAGCCCGACCCAGAGGGGAGUGAUCCACAACCUGCUGGCUCUGUGUCUGCGGCAGCGGGGUGGCAUCCCCGAAGCUGGCAGCCACCUCCACCAUGCCCUCACCAUCUCCAGGGAGAGUGGCAACCAAAGGAACCAGGCCCUGGCACUCGCCAACCUGGGCUGCCUGGCACUGGGCGUGGGGGCAACCACACUGGCAGAACGAUUCCUAUUCAGGUCUCUGUGGUUGUUCCUGGAGAUCUGGGAGAGUCCCGUUGACGAGGAACACGUCCAGACCUACCUAUGGUUGGGGCGGAGCUACAAGGACAGGGGGAGGAGCCAGGACGCCAGGCUGUGUUAUGAGAUGGGCCUCCUCAUCUCCCUCCAGGCCAGGAAUCUACCCAGUCAGAUGGUGGUGGCUAAAGUCCUGAGUCGUCACUAUGCUGACGUGCUGCUGUAUGGACAGAGUAUCCUCUACUAUGAGCACUGUGUGUCUGUGUCCAGGGACCUGAAGGACAAGAGACUAGAGGGAGAAUAUCUAGAGAUCCUCAGUAGCCUCUACCUGUCCCUCAAUACUGAGAAAUCAUCAAGGAAGUCUCUGGACUACAGUAAGCAGAGUCUGCGUAUCUCCAUCGACCUGGGGAAGAGAGAGGAAGAGUCAGAGACCUGGCUUCAGGUGGGACGCAUCUACUACCUCAUCCAUGAAGACGAACUGGCUGACAUGUACCUACAGGCGGCAGUGAAGACAGCCCUGAGGAUGAACGACCCACGCUUUGCCAUGAGUAUCUACGAGGAGGCAGGAGACGUCUUCUUCAAAGGCCACAGGAACAGACUGGCGGCACUGCCCUUCUACAGGGACGGCAGUCUCCCGUUUGCUCGGAGCAUCCGUGACGUCCACUCAGAGUUCAGACUGCUGAGUAAACUGACUGAACUACUGAUGACCCAGGAAGAACACGAAGAGGCUCUACAGUACGCCAUUCUGGCUGUACAGAUCAGCACCAAAACAGGUGUGUGUGUGAACGAGCGUGCAGCGUACCACCGUCUGGCUACAGUGUACUACAGUCUGGAGCAGUAUGAGAUGACAGAGAACUACUACCUCAAGUCUCUGUCUCUCAGCCCUGCUGUACUGCAGCACCCCCUGGAGGCUAGAUACUACACCAAGCUCUACUGCAGGCUGGGGGACCUGACCCUGCACAAACUAAAGGAUGCCUAUGACUCGAUGGGCUACUUUCAGCUUGCCCAGGCUGCUGCCCUGGAGGACCGUGCCAACCCACAGGCACUGUAUGUGGUCUACAUGAAGCUGGCAGAGAUCCAUGCCAACCACAUGCCAGACCCACUGCUCUGCCAGGCUUACAGGGACAGGGCACAGAGCCUGAGGAGGGAACUCUCUGGACUGGGAGAGACGGAUGGGAGGGGAGGAAUGACAGAGGGGAGGGGACGAGAGAUGGAG